AUGCAAUUUACGUUACAGGAGCAGAUAGUCGAAUUGGUUAGUUCUUCUAUAGUAGAUAGUCUUGUAGAAAUGCAAAAUCUUCACCUACAUUUACAAAAAAUAUCAGUAUAUGCUGGGAUAAGUCAUCAAACAAUUCAAUCUUCUACUAUAUUAGAGAAGAAAGGGACCAUUGCAGUAGAGGUUGAUCCAGUAAAUAAACCAGAAGUCGUAAUACAUGCUUUAAAUAAUGUGUCCAAAUUAUUAUUGUUGGUUGAUCCACUUGGUGGUGAAAUCACUUGUAAUGAUGCAUUUACAUUUGCAAAAGGCUAUAUAAAUGCUGCAAAAGAAGCAAACGUUGAACAUAUUGAAACUUUUCAACCGUCACAAAUCACAAUAUUAAGAUACCCUGGUGUAUUGCAUCAACAUUUAUUAUAUUUUGCCAAAUAUAUUAUUGAACAAUCAACAAUCCCACUGAUAGACAAUCCACAAAUGACUUUUGAAUGUUGUGAUAUCAACGAUGUUGCUAGAUCAUGCUGUCACAUACUUUACUGUCCUACACAAAGGCAUGGAGGGAAGGAAUACAAAAUAACUGGCCCAAACUUACUCACUAUUGAUGAAAUUGGAUCAAAAGCAUCAUUAGGUCUUGGUUGUGAUAUUAAGAUAAAAUUAAUGCCUGUCAAUCAAUUAAGGCAAGUAUUAAUGGACUUGACUGCUGAUGACAAACUAGCUGCUUAUUUGUUGGAAUUAUGGGGUUUGCAAGGUUAUUUGGGAAUUUCUCGUAAAUUACAAGUAACAAGAGAUCUUGAACUUAUAACAGGUGGUAGUGGUUCAAACCUAAGAGAAUUCUUUGAAAACAAUAAAAUUGCAUUCAACCAACAAGAAUAG